CUUUACAAUGUGUUCAGUGACCGUUUGAGAAAGACAUUCGUCUACUCUGCUGAUUUGAGUGACACUGCAACCAUAGGUGAACCGGCAAGUGACACGGUCCGGUCCUGGCUGUUAACAGAACUUCCACUGGAGAAUGUGUCCAGCACCGGAAGCUGCGUUGGUUGGGACAUGUGUUGCGUAUGCCUAACCGUCAGAUUACUGUUUUCCAUGCCCAAUUCAGAGUGUCCGAAGCAGAGAGGUGAUCAACCCUUCACUUGGCAGAGAAAUAUGAAAGAAAUCAAGAGACGUUUGGGCGCUGUCGAUGAUUCUCGCCUUCCAGGAUACCAACCGAUGACACUGGCGUUCUUGUUGCUUUCCAAUAAAUCAUCGCUGUACGGCAGCGAAGUAUUGGUGUUGAACACUGAUAUCAUGUUGUCGAUGUUGAUGGAACCAUACAUAUUUUUUCUCUGUCACUUACUUCCAAUGAAAAGAGUACGAAUUUUUUUUCACGUGAUGCUGGAUGUUAAUUAUACUAUUCUGCUCCUUCGGUCUACUGUGAGGUGGACAGUACAGGCG